UGAUGCAAACGGUAAACAUCACAUUGGUGAACAGCUUCCUACUCACAGGGCUAACAGACCUUCCUCAGGUGGAAAUUGCCCUCUUUGUGAUCUUCUGUGCUGUCUAUGCCACCACCCUGGUGGGGAAUCUGGGCAUGAUUCUCUUAAUCAGGUCCAGCCCACAACUGCAAACCCCCAUGUACUUCUUACUUGGCAACCUAUCUUUCUUGGACAUCUGUUACUCCUCAUCCGUCACCCCAAAGUUCCUAAGCAAUCUCUUAAAGGAGAAGAAAGUAAUUUAUUUUGCUGAUUGUUUUACUCAGCUUUUCUUUUAUGGUGUAUUUGCCACCACUGAGUGUUACCUGCUGGCAGUUAUGGCCUAUGAUCGCUAUGUGGCUAUCUGCAACCCAUUGCUCUACUUAAUCACCAUGUCCCAAAGAAAGUGCAUUGAGCUAGUUGCUCUUUCCUAUGUGGCGGGGACAGUAAAUGCUUUGGUGCACACUGUUGCUGCAUCAAGACUAUCAUUUUGUGGACCAAACAUCAUUAAUAAUUUUUACUGUGAAAUUCCUCCCCUACUGGAGCUGGCCUGCUCAGACAUCAGUCUCAAUGAAAUCUUGCUCUUUAUCUUUGUUGGGUUCAAUAUAACAAUAACCAUUACAAUUGUUCUCACCUCUUACACCUACAUCCUGGUCACUAUUUUAAAGAUAAAGUCCACUAAGAGCCAACGGAAAGCCUUUUCCACCUGCACAUCUCACCUCAUGGUCAUCACCAUCUUUUUUGGCAGUGCUAGCUUCAUGUAUGCACGUCCCAGUUCUAGGCAAAAUCACCACCUUGACAAAAUGGCUUCUGUCUUCUAUGUAGUGGUGACUCCCAUGCUGAACCCCUUGAUCUACAGCCUGAGGAAUCAGGAAGUCAGGAGUGCCUUCCGAAAAAUCCUGGGAAGAAAAGCUGCUUCUCAGUCUAGGAUGAUACCUUCCAUACAAGUUAGACCUUCUCCAGAUCACAGGAGAAAGCACUACACGUAAAAGGAUGGUCCACAACAUUUUGUCUCAUAACAUGCAUAUAAAACUGCUCUGCUGUUCGUUUACUCCAACACUUACAGUUAAGUACAUGUAGCUGCUGCUCUACCAGCAUGCCAGCAAAUCCUCCUCUUCUUCAACAAUGCCUUUGGAAUAUUGCUACAUCAUGGUAUAGCAACAGUCAAAGCUGCAAGAUUUUCUUGGGGCAAGUGUCUCAAUACACACUUGUAGAUUACUUCUCCAUGUUCCAGGAAUAAGCUCAUCCAGAACAUGAACGACUAUGAGAACUUUAAUUAUGCCAAGGUCAGGGUUUCCCAUGGUGACCCUUGCUCUAUCCUUCCAGAGGACAGACUGCUGUCUGCCUGGGAGAGCUAGCCCCAAACUAGCAUGCUGUUCACAAUACUCAGGGACACAGCAAUACUAACAUCUGUUCAUUUGGUCUCGCUAGCGGAGUGUCCUCGUAAGGUACACAGAGAGCAACGGAAAUGAGAACAGCACUUUGCCAGAAAUGGAGCUUUAGUCAUAAGUAUAGCAAGUGGUACUUUAACAUUAAACUGUGAAGGCAACCCCAGAGAUGGGGUCUAGAGAGAGUGUAAAUAUUUUGGAUGGCAGAGGGUGGGCGAUUUCAGUGAGUGGCAACUGAAAUGCUUGUGUGUGAGUGAGAGAGAGGAUAUAUUUCCAUCUUUAUAGUCCUCACACAUUUUCCUCCAAGUAAUACACAUGCACACCCUUAAGAUAUGUACUUUUUGAACAAUUAUCCACACAUACCUACAUGCCACCACUAG